CCAGCCUAGGUGGGGCCAGCCUCCUUUCACUACCCACAGUGGGCCUCAUGUGGAUGCUGGCACUAGGUGGGGUUUUCCUGGCAGCCGCCCAGGCCUGUGUCUUCUGCCGCCUCCCAGACCGAGAUUUGUCAGGCCGCCUGGCUCUGCUCUGCAGCCAGAUGGAGGCCCAGUGGAGGGACUGUGAGGCCUCCUGGAACUUCUCGGCCUUUGCCUUAGAUGAGGUGUCCAUGAACAAAGUCGCAGAGAAGACUCACAGAGUCCUGAGGGUCAUGGAGAUCAAAGCGUCUCUCUCCUCACUCCCUUCCUAUUGGCAAUGGCUUCAAAAGACCAAGCUCCCUGAGUACACCAGGGAAGCUCUCUGUGCCCCCGCCUGCCGGGGCAGCACCACCCUGUACAACUGCUCCACCUGUGAGGGCUCGGAGGUGUACUGUUGGCCCCGAAAGCGCUGUUUUCCAGGAAGUCAUGAUCUUUGGGAAGCCAGGAUUCUGGUCCUCUCUGUCUUCGGAGCUGUCCUGCUCCUGGGUGUUCUGAGCCUCAUAGUGGAGUCCAGCCAUCUCAAAGCAAAAAGUAACUUGUGAAGAUGCUGACAGCCUCCCAGCCUCCAGUUCUAAGGAGCAUGUACCCACAACUUCCACUUCCUGGGGGGAGGUGGGGCAGGGAACCAGCCAGCCCCUCAGUUCCAGCCCUAAAGCUUUAGUCUUCCAGACCCUAAAACCCAGAUAUCCCCAUGAUCCUAGUGUCAGACAGCCUCCGGGGACCCAGGCACCCGCAACUGUAAAGUUCCUACCCUCCAAGCCCUCAACCAAUCAGAUAGGGGCAAUCCGAUGCCAGGAAAUAUCUACAGAAGGAAAGAAUCCCCUCCACACACACCACCAUUCCCACACCCCCUUCUGCCUGUUCCUGGGAAGUGAAGUGGGGGCUGUCUGGCCCAGAAGCUACUCUUGGCCCUGUAUGACUGACUGGGAAUCCGGGAAUGAGUGUUCUGGAAAACUCCCUCCCUCUACAGUGAGACCACAUCAGUCAGUCUGCUGGCAUGCUAUCACCCCAUUGUGCAACCUCAGCCUCCCGCAGAGGUCUCCCUCCUGCCAGGCCCAACUAAACCUGCUGUCAAAUUGC